AUGAAUAAGGUGCCUACUCGAGUCGACGGCAGAUUUAGGUUGGGAAAUGUUCUCGGGUCUGGCUCAUAUGCUGUUGUGUACCAUGCACAAAACUUCAUCAAGGAUGACUUGGUAGUUGUCAAACUUGAACCCAUCAGCAACCACUCAUCCUCUGUGGCAUCGGGAUUCCAGGUGUCUUUUGGUUCGGGAGAGAAUCAAUGUUACCAUGCAUUGGUCCUUGACCUCCUUGGGCCGUUGUUACAUGACAUCUUCAUUGUGCAUGAUCAAAGGUUCAGUCUUCAUAAUGUUGUGAAUCUAGGAAUCCAGCUGCUCUCCCAUCUUGAAUAUAUCCAUUCACACGAUUUUGUCCAUGGUGACAUCAAACCCCAGAAUAUCUUAGUGGGUCUCGACAAUUUGAAGCACACGGCCUUUAUAAUCGACUUUGGUAUUGCGAAGGAGUACUGUAAUACUUCGACCAGAGCCCAUAUACCAUUUCGCCAAGGUCAAUGUAUCACUGGCACACCUGCAUUCGCCUCAAUCAACAGUCACUUAGGAGUCGUGCUGGGUUGUCGCGAUGAUCUUGAGUUGCUCAUGUAUACACUGAUAUGUUUCUUACGUGGCUCCCUCCUGUGGUUAACCAGUGAGCAUGAGAAGCUCUCCAAUUCCUCCAUGCUUGAGCGCAAAGUAAACACGACUGUUGAAGUUUUAUGUCACGGAAUUCCCAUCGAGUUCGCAAGUCUUCUCAUUUACACAUGCUCACUUGCAUUCUCAGAGGAUCCUGAUUAUGAAUAUCUUCGUUCGUUGCUUCAUGCUAUUUCUGAUACAUUGCCAAUGCCAGCUAUAUGCCUUUUGGAUUUUGGCCAGCCCAAUCCUAUCAUUCAUACCCCUGCAUUCACCAACAAGCAAGUAAUGCCAGUGGACAAGACAGUGCAACAACAUCCAAUGAAGGCAAACCCUCCUCGCAGAUUAACUCUUUAUGCCCAUUGUCUCCCUGAUGCAGGUUUAUAUAAACAGGCAAUUCUGUUGUUAUUCACUACUCUUACUACCAACAUGCCACCUCGAAAGUGUGCACCCAAGACAACCAUCACACCUGCUCUCGCUGUUCCCGUCCCUGCUCUCGCUGUUCCCAUCCCUGCUCUCGCUGUUCCCAUCCCUGCUCUCGCUGUUCCCAUCCCUGCUCCAGCUGUUCCCAUCCCUGCUGGUGUUAUUCCCAUCCCCACUGUUAUUCCUACCCCCAUUACUGUUGUCGCCAUCCGCACUGUUGUCACAGUGAAUGCCCUCACAAAUCCUCAUCGAAAACACCAGCUUCCUCAUAGAUAUUGA